AUGAAACACUUUUAAGAAGUCAAGAGUUUAUAUCUUCUUUCUAAUAUAUACCAACUUUAAAAUAUAGAACAAAUCAAUAAAUCAAAACAAUGACUCGCCGCCUCUCAUGCUUUUUGAUUAUCAUUGCAUUGUGUGCUGAGUUGAGUAAUGGAGCGGUUUUUCCGAAAGACUCUGUACAUUUUAACAACUCUCUUCAACCAAACACCAUUCUCAGGGUCCAUUGUGUCUCCGACGAAGAUGAUCUAGGCGAUCAUUUCUUGAGUCAUGGGCAAACCUAUGAUUUCAGUUUUUAUGAAAGUAUUUUCAAGACUGAAGUCAUUUGUGGCUUAUGGCAGGGACCUGGUUUCGAGUACUAUGCAUUGUUUAAGGCAUAUGAAGGUGGUGGUCUCAUUGUCCAUUAUGGUAAGAAAAACUAUUGGGAUGCAAGAGAAGAUGGUAUAUAUUUCACACAUGGUUUUUAUCCUCCCAAAUUAGAGUACAGGUGGUCAGCCUAUUCCCUUGCACCAACUUAUUAAAAAUGGAAAGAAAUAUAUGUAAUCCCUCAAAUGAAGUGGACUUUCGAUCGCCUUUUUUCUUAUAAUAACAAUGAAGACAUUUUUAUAAAAAGAAAAUUAAUAAGAAGACUAAUAUAUAAUCAUUAUUAAGUAUCGUAAUGAUGUUUUCCUUAUAUAUACAGCUUUGAUGUUAUAUACUUGAUAUAAAAAUAGAAUAAUGAUUUCAAAAGAAUGUUAUAAACUAAAUUUCAAUCGGACAAAAGAUGACCCAAAAAGGGAACGUUUAGAGAUGAAACAAAUUUCAUCAAAAGAAUAUACAGUGAAAGCGCUCUCAUGG